AUGAAACGUGCACAAGGCCAAACAAGUAUUGUUUGGUUUCUCAAGAAAUCAAAAAAUAAUGAAUUGAAAGAUGACGAUGAUUCACAUCGUAACGUAUUGGAUGAACCAAUAUCUGAUGAAACUCCUACAACUACUCGAGUUUCUAAUGACAAUGAUUUACAACGAAACAUUUCAAAUGAACUGAUAUCUGGCGCAACUUCUACGUCAAAAGUUUCUGACGAAAAUCUGCAUUCUCAAAUUGCCGAUCAAUCUGACACGUCUACUCAUGCUUCUCCAAAGACGAAUGCUGUUGAUCCAAAACUCGACAUUGGCAAUAUGGAUAGAUCCUCCUUGGAUGAUUACACAAAAAAGCUCAUUUUAACUUUACCGAUGAUCUCGAAAGGGUUUCUCUAUCCAACUACUAAAAGAUAUGGGCGCAACAGGAGUUUUCAAGAAACUUGGAUGAAAGACUUUCCUUUCCUCGCUUAUUCUCAACAAGAAGAUGGCGUGUACUGCAGACCAUGCUGGCUAUUUUUUCAUGAAGGAGUUGGCAAAGGAAACCACGAAAUUCCAGGACAACUUGUCACCAGCUGCUAUAGCAAUUGGAAAAACGCGAGGGAAGAUUUUAGAAAGCAUGCAAACAAAGAAUAUCACAAGACUUGUGCCGAGUUUGCCAAAACUUUUCUUGAAGUAUCUUCAGGAAAACGAUCAGAUAUUAUGUCUCUAAUUGAUAAGCAGCAAGCAAAGGAAAAAAAAGAAAAUAGAGCAGCUAUCAUACCAAUAAUAAAAACCAUUCUUUUUUGUGCUGAGAAAGAAUUGCCCUUGAGAGGCGAUAACGAUAGUGGACCUUUGUCAUUGAUUAGAUCACAACUGAAUGAUGGAAAAUUCCGAGCUCUUUUGCGAUUUCGAAUCGAUUCCGGGGAUGUAAGCUUGGAAAAACACGUUCUCAAUCAUCCGAAAAAUGCCCAAUACAUGAGUCCAGAUAUUCAGAAUGAAAUUAUUCAGAUAUGUUCUGACAUUAUCAUUAGGAAAAUUAUUCAGAAAGUUGAUAAUGCACCAUGCUUCACCUUGCUCGGGGAUGAAACCAUGGAUAUAUCAGGAACUGAACAAAUGUCAGUAUGUCUCAGAUACCUCGACUUCGACGAUGACUUGCAAAAACUGAUUAUUCGUGAAGAUUUUGUAGGAUUUGUACCAAUUUACAACCAGACUUCUGAAAAAAUAACUGAAGCUCUCCUGAAACGUUGUAAAGAGUUGAGCCUCGAAAUGAAAAAAUGCAUUGGUCAAGUUUACGAUGGAGCACGCAACAUGUCUGGUCAUGUCAAUGGCGUCCAGGCGAGAAUGAAGAAUCUGUACCCAUUGAUGAUGUACGUUCAUUGUUAUAGCCAUCGUUUGAAUCUCGCAUUGUCAAAUGCCAUGUCAGUUCCACCUGUUCGAAAUUGCCUUGGGAUUGUGAACGAUGUCGUGAACUUAUUCAGAAACCACGCUUAUGCGACGAAAAUUCUUCAAGAUCUCAUCCAAGAACAUGUUCCGCAGAGUAAAAAGAAGAGGCUUAUUCGUCUUUGCGAAACAAGAUUCAUCGAACGACAUGACAGCAUACUAUCUUUUGUAGAACUGUUUCAAAUCAUCCACAUGGGAUUAGAAGAAAUUUCAGAAAAAUCUUGGGCUAUUUCGAAAACUGCGGCCUGCUUACUUGCAGCAGUUCAGAAAAGUGAGUUUCUCGUCAGUCUCUUGGUUUGUAACAGACUUUUCAGCAUCACGCUUCCUUUAUCAGUUCAACUGCAAGAAAAAUCACGUGAUUUGGCAUCAGCAGUAGAGCAUGUUCACGAAAUCGUGAAUAUGCUUCAAGAAGAACGAACAACUGCAGACGUAUCGUUCAGCAAAAUUUUUAUAGCAGCUGAAAAGCUUGCAAACGAUACAUUCGAUAUGGAGCUGAAAGUUCCGAGACUCACGUCGAAGCAAACAACUCGUUCCAAUUAUCAAACAGACUCUGUUGAAUCGUACUUUCGGUCUGCUGUUUUUAUUCCUUGCCUCGAUACGCUAAUUCAGAAUUUGUCUGACAAAUUUCUUAAUGAGAACGCGGGCAUCUUAUCAAGCUUACAGAUACUUCUCCCUGGAUUUGCUGCAAUUAACAAAGUAGAUGACUUGCAUCAUCUUUCGCCAUACUUUGAUGAUCGAGUCUCAGAAUCCGCUGUAAAAGCUGAGUAUAAGUUGUGGUGUGAGAAAUUAUCGGGACUCGAGAAAGAUGCCGAGGCUUUACAAGUAUUGGAUUUUUGUGACAAGAGCAGAUUUCCAACAAUCAAAUAUCUAUUAACAGUUUUGGCAACUCUUCCGGUCACAACAGCAAGUGUGGAAAGGUCAUUUUCGACAAUGAAAAGAAUCAAGACUUACUUACGUAACUCAACGGGCAACGAAAGACUUAGUGCACUCGCCGUACUGUCAAUUCAUGGAAACUUAGGUAUCGAUCCGAAUGAGGUUCUUGAGAUUAUGGCAGCAAAGAAAUCGCGAAAGUUAAAAUUUUAA